UACAUGACAUAAUAUUACAUUUAAAUAAGUCAGAUAAACAAGUUCAAUACACAUAACUCCAUUAUACACAUACAUGUAAACAUGCCUAUUGUGCAGGUAACCACUAGUCUUACUAAAGAACAGAUACCGAAAGAUUUUACAAAGACGUUUUCUGCGUUUCUUGCCGAGACCUUGGACAAGCCAAUCGAGAAAAUAACAUUAGUUAUCACCUGUGAUGCUUUAGUUUGUAAUGCUGGAGACGAAUCACCGUUCAUGUUGAUCUCAAUCAUAUCCAUCGCGAGAUUUAACGAGAAAGACAAUCCAGGAUAUACCGACAAGAUUUCUACCUUUGUUAAGGAAGAAACAAAACUACCUGGAAACAAGAUACAGAUUGUUUAUACAGAUCUUCAACCGCAUAUGGUUGGUAAAGGGAAAUGAAGAAAACAACAUAUUAAUGAUAAAAAAUACGUAAUAAACAGAUUAUAAUAUGAAUAUGUAUGACUUAAAACCUUGAUAAUCAUGUUUGAAACACUUACUAAUAAUUAACACAGUAGAAUAUUAUAAUUUUGUUUUAUCAAAAAAUAUUUAUUAAAUUUCAAUCAAAUAAACGAAUUUGACUAUA